GGAUGGUCGGUGAUCGGUAGCGGUAUUGUACUGUACAGGAGCGGCAGCAGCCCCCGCCUUUGGCUGCCCCCUGCGUACAUUCGCUCCAUCCUUUCCGAGCCCGGCUCUGCAGCGGACCAAGCGGAGGGAUCCCGUGAGCCCAGCCCCGCCGGGCACGCGGCGUCUCCGGCCCGGGCCUGCUGGCCGCGCCAUCUCCUGCAUCUCCCCGUCGCGCCUGCGGGGCGGCCGGCUUCGCCCGCUUCCUGCCUGGCUCCGCUUUAGCCGGCUGGGAAGGUGUGAGCGGCGCCGCCGGGGACCCGGCGGAGGGGAACAAAGCGGCGAGGCGGCGGCCAGGAGACGGCCGCGGGAUGGCAGCGGCAAGGGGCGCGGGGCUGCUGGCGCUGUGCGGGGCGCUCGGUGCCUGCGGGCUGCUGUGCGCCGGGGCGGCGGGGCAGGAGGCUGCGGCCGGGGCCAGCCGGCGGCGGCGGCUGAGCCAGGAGGACGGCGGCGUCUCCUUCGAGUACCACCGCUACCCGGAGCUGCGGGAGGCGCUGGUGGCCGUGUGGCUGCAGUGCCCCUCCAUCAGCAGGAUCUACACCGUGGGGCGAAGCUUCGAGGGCAGGGAGCUGCUGGUCGUCGAGAUUUCGGAUGACCCCGGGAGACACGAGCCUGGGGAGCCUGAAUUUAAAUAUAUUGGGAAUAUGCACGGGAAUGAAGCCGUUGGAAGGGAGCUGCUCAUUUUCUUAGCUCAGUACCUAUGUAAUGAAUACCAGAAGGGAAAUGAGACGAUUAUCAACUUGAUCCACAGCACACGCAUCCACAUCAUGCCAUCCUUAAAUCCAGAUGGGUUUGAGAAGGCAGCAUCCCAGCCUGGUGAACUCAAAGACUGGCUUGUUGGUCGAAGUAAUGCUCAAGGAAUAGACCUGAACCGUAAUUUCCCUGACCUGGAUAGAAUAGUUUACGUUAAUGAGAGAGAAAGUGGCCCAAACAAUCACCUACUGAAAAACAUGAGGAAAGCUGUGGACCAGAAUCCUAAGCUUGCUCCUGAAACUAAAAGCAUCAUCCACUGGAUUAUGGAUAUUCCCUUUGUCCUCUCAGCGAAUCUUCAUGGAGGAGACCUUGUUGCAAACUAUCCAUAUGAUGAAACUCGCAGUGGUAGUACUCAUGAAUACAGCUCCUGCCCUGAUGAUGCGAUUUUUCAAAGCUUAGCUCGGAGUUAUUCAUCUUUUAACCCAGCCAUGUCUGAUCCAAACAGGCCACCAUGUCGUAAGAAUGAUGACGACAGUAGUUUUGUAGAUGGAACAACCAAUGGUGGUGCUUGGUACAGUGUUUCUGGAGGAAUGCAGGACUUCAAUUACCUCAGCAGCAACUGCUUUGAAAUCACAGUGGAGCUCAGCUGUGAAAAAUUCCCAUCAGAGGAAACUCUGAAGAACUACUGGGAGGACAACAAGAACUCACUUGUCAAUUAUAUUGAGCAGAUACAUCGGGGAGUGAAAGGAUUUGUUAGAGAUCUUCAGGGAAACCCGAUUGCAAAUGCUACCAUUUCUGUGGAGGGAAUAAACCAUGAUAUUACAUCAGCCAAGGAUGGUGAUUACUGGAGAUUGCUUACACCAGGAAACUAUAAACUUACAGCCUCAGCACCAGGCUAUCUAGCAAUAACUAAAAAAGUGGCUGUUCCCUUUAGCCCUGCCAUUGGGGUUGAUUUUGAGCUGGAGUCAUUGUCUGAAAGAAAAGAAGAAGAGAAAGAAGAGUUGAUGGAGUGGUGGAAGAUGAUGUCAGAAACUUUAAAUUUCUAAGUGAAGUCUUUGAAUUUGCAGCUUUUAAUGUAUUAUGUGUUGACUUAGUAUAAUGUGCUGUGGACAGACCCUAUAUUUUAGAUCUUGUGCAGUUCACUAUAUUUAACUUUGAUUUUUUUCAGUAAUCUUUUGAUUAGUACCAGCACUACUUAAAAAAACUACAAGGCUACUAACUAGACAAAUAAAAAUUAUUAAUUUUUAUUCCAUACUUUUAAAGAAAAUUCACUUUCCUACAUACAAGAUACACAAAAAAAUGAGUGAAUGUCUCAGCAGCCUAAGUGGAAAUACAAUCUUCUAUGUGUAAUUUGCAAGUCCAGAAUUUGUAGGUUAACUGGAUUUAAAAAUACCCAUAAUUCUUAGUCAGUUUCAGAUACUGGCAGAAAUGUCUGGCAAUGCGUAUGAGCAGAGAUGUUCUAUAUUGAGUUAUAAUGAGUGUAGUUGAAAAGGUGUAUAAAAACAGUUUACUUAAUGUUUUACAAGAAUUAAAAUCAAUAUAAAAUUCUCUGUCUUUGGUGGUGGAAGCUAUUUAAACAAAUAAACAUCAAUGUAUAGCUUCAUUUUAGUAAUGUGGAAGGAACUUGUAUAAGCAUUUUUACUGAAGAAGACCUAAUAUUAAUAACAGGGGAUAAUGUAAUUUUAUUCCUUAAUCUGUUACUGAUACUCCAAGGUUGGAUUUGGGGUUUUUUGGUCACUCAGUAACGAAGUUAAAAUUCUGAAUGGCAAAAGAAGGAAUGCUGCAAAGUGUGGAUUUUGUUAAUAUGCUUCUUGUGCUUGUGGGGUGUUCCAGUGAAGAAAAUGUUCGGUGUUUCAGCUGAUAUAUAAUUACUAGUCACCCAGUUAUGGAAGAACUGCCAAAGGUUUGUGUGAUUUGGAUGAGCAGCCAAAAGUUCCAGUGCUCAUUCAAAGCCACCUAACUCUUCAAUUUACAAAAUGGGUUGGAAAUCUACUAAGGACAGGCAUUCUUUGGUCUGAGCCAGGCAGUAGUAGUGUUGUUUGCAACUCUUGUUUGUUCCGCUGCUGGUCUUGUCUAAAUCUAGGAGAAACACAGGUGGGUAAAAGGGAAAUAGAUGUAAAAUAUUUUGGGAAAAAAUACGUUUCAGUUCUGGACAAAUUUGUGGACCUCCAAUUUAUUUUUAAUUAUUCGAACCAGUUUUCCAUUAUUUAGUCCAUGAAAAAUGAAACUUUCAGAAGUAACAGUAUAAAUGUAGACACCAGAUCCUCAUCUUGUGUAAAUUGACAUGGUUACAUUGAAAUCAAUGGAACUUGCCACUUUAUACCAGCUAGGAUCGGACUGAAAGUUUAGAGUGUACUGCUGUGUGUCAUUUAAUUUAGGAUCAGGUGUUUGACUCCCCCCCCCCCCCCAAACAAGCAGUGGAACAGAACAAAUAGAAUAUUGUACCAUCUUCUCUCAAAGAAAUCUGUAGUUUUAUUAGCCUGUAUUUUCAGUCAAUGGGGGUUGCAGGAUUCAAAAACAAAGUCAUCAGUGCCCAAUCUUGCUCCCAUUGAAGUCAAUGUGAAAACUACCAGUUACUUCAUGUGUUUAGGAACAGGCCCUAACUUGAUCUGCUUAAGAUUCUAGCUUGACAAUCACAGCAAAUGAUGUCCUUGGACUUCUUGCAUUUCUUAAACAAACAUAGCUCUUUGACUUUUAAAAUAAAAUGCCCAAGAUACUGCAUGUGUUCCUACACUGAACAAGUAAUGGAAAUGAAUAACCUGAUUCCUAAUGAACCAAAAAUUGACUUUGUAAGAUGUAGAUCAGUGCUACGUAAAGUAGUAGACACUGGACUACAAAUCCCAAAGGAACUCUUCUAUUAAGAGUUGUAACAAUGGAUUAAGCUGAAACUCAAUGAAUUUUGUAACUAUAUCUCAGUCAUGCUGAAGAACCUUUGUCACAAACAAAAAAAAACCAGAUACACAGACAUUUUGGUUAAAAAAAGGUAACUCCACCUCCCUCCCUAGUGUGUGUAAAAAGUCGAGGAGACACAAACACCUACUACAAAGCAGUUUAAAAUGUAGAGACAUUAAACACAAAACCAUGUCUGUAUGAUUAUAUGUAUGGAACUGAUACUGGGUUCAGAUAAGAUGGGCAAAAUAAAAAAAAAUGGUAUGAAUUAAAACAAAGGAGUGCUGGCAUUUAGCAAUGGCUACAGAGUUGCUUUCAGCCUGUAAAUUAUUGUAACAAGGCAAGUGUAGAUUUGUACAAAAUACAACAUAAAACAGCAUAAUGUUAGGCCAGAAGGCACUGUUAUAUGGUGCAACUCCUAUCGUGUAGCCAAUUUUUCUGCAUAGGGAAUUCUGUGGUAUAGUGCAGACAUUACAUCAAACUGAACUUCAUAAUGUAUUUCUAAGCCUUGCUUAUAUUCCAUGCAUGCCAUUUUCUGGUCUAUUGUUUUAUGCAUUUGUAAAUGAAAUGUAAUGUCCCCUAAGCUAUCAUUGUUUUACUUCAGAUGUCUGCUUGCUAUUAGCUGUAUUGAAACAGGCUAAAGUAAUUAAAUAUAACAGCACCAGGACCACUGCCACUGUUCUUACUGUAUGUAAAAAUGCUUAAGAACAGAAUAACCAGGAGUGUCAUUGUUUAUGUAGCUUCUCUAACUGAACUGAUCUGUGCUGUAGGAUUGUGUACGUUGCAAUGGAAUAUUAAAAGUGUGUUACAUGAUGCAGA